CUGCCCCCGCGGCGGGGCUCGCCCAGCCGCCUCCUCCUUUAUGUGCCUGUGUGUCACGGCUUUCCAAAAGACUCGGGCAUUCCCCAUCAGUUUAAGAUAGGCAGGCCGAGAUGAGCAGGAGGAAUGUGCCUCGGAGCUAAAGAUGAGGAAUAUGCUCUUGAAAAGAGGAUGACUGCACCUGAAGGCAUUGCUCAGAAGAGGAAGGUGUAUGCUAAUGAGCGAAAUUUCUGACAUGAGCCCUCUGGAUGAUUCUGUCCUGCGUUGUUAAGAAAGAAACUCAGAGAAUGGAUGAAGUCCUUAAAGCACAGGCUCUUGACUCUACUCUUCCAAGUCCAUCAGAGACUUUACUUUCCAUUCGACUGUUAGACUUCAAAACGAGUUUAUUGGAGGCCAUAGAAGAGCUGCGGAUAAGAAGGGAAACAGAAACUAAUUAUGAAGACCAGAUAAAUAAAAUUGUUAUAGAGAAACAGGAACUUGAAUGGCAGAAGGAAACUCUGCAGCAUCAGACUGACACACUGCAACAACAAAACAAGGAAGCCAUGGCAGCUUUUAAAAAACAGUUGCAGGCAAGGAUGUUUGCCAUGGAAGAAGAAAAGGGAAAAUACCAACUUGCUGUAGAAACAAAAGAAAAAGAAAUUGAUGGACUGAAAGAAACAUUAAAGGCAUUACAGAUUUCAAAAUACACUUUACAAAAGAAACUGAAUGAAAUGGAUCAAAAAUUGCAGAUGCACUUAACAGCAAAAGAGGAGCAUCAUAAGAAGCUGAAUGAAGUUGAGAGGUGUUAUGCUACUAUUGCAUCUCGGUUUGGGAUUGUAAAAGGUGUUCAUGGCAAACUAGAGCACAGUGUGCAGGAAGCCAUACAGCACAAUAAGAAACUAGCAUCAGUGAAUAAAAGGCAAGAGACUGAAAUAAGUAAUCUGAAGGAAGAACUGAAGAAAGUAACUACAGACUUGAUAAGGUCCAAGGUCAGCUCUCAGUACAGGGUGGGAGAAGAAAACAUCAAUCUUGCAGUGAAGGAAAAACAGUUUCAAGAACUGCAACAGAAAAUCAGAAUGGAGACAGCAGUCAGUAAAAAAGUUCAAGAAGAAAACACUCACAUUAAAGAAGAAAAGCUGGAAAUUCUCAGCUCUCUACAGUGUGUGCAGGAGCUGCUUCAGAGAACAACCCAAGCAAAUACUAGAAUGGAAAGUGAAUUAAAUGCACUGAAAAAAGACUAUCAGGCCCUUGAAAGAGAUAAUGAGCUGCAAAGGGAGAAGGCAAAGGAAAAUGAAGAAAAGUUCCUUAAUCUUCAGAAUGAGCACGAGAAGGCACUAAGAACUUGGAAAAAUGAUGAGGAAAACAUGAGAAGAGAAAUACACACUAUUAAAAAUGAGCUGAAUUCCCUUAAAGAACUUCAUAGACAUCUUGCAGAUUAUCAUCCUCCUCAGGGAAAUCAGCAUUCCGAGCAAGUGGAAAAUCUGCAGAUGCAGUCACCAGCUCAGCCCAUACCAACAAACGUGAGUGGUCAAGAACACUCAAAAGACAGUGAAAUUCAGGCUAUUCAGAAAGAAAAUGAAUCUGUAAUAAGUAAAUAUGAUAAUUGUGGAAAUGAAGAAGCUGAAGUAAAAAACACAAGGGACAAGUCUUCAAGCAUUGAGGAAUUAAAGAUAGAACAAAAUUCACAAGUUCUUGAGAACAGUUUUAAGGAUGAAAUUAAUGUUGCUAGCCCUUGUGAAUUAAAGCAAAGGGAGGCUUCUCCCAGGAACACCCUCUGCACAGAUACUGAUUUCAUUACCCAAGGACACACCUCGGAAAUGCAUGCCACUGGAUGCAGAGAGGCAGAAGAUGCAGGAACAACACACAGAACAUUACCAGAUGAAAACAAUGCAAAUUUAGAUCAAAAGCCACAAGACAGCACUGAGUCUCUGGCAGCACACCACACACAAACCAGAAAGGAGUUUUUGGGCAGUGCUGAGAGGAAAAAUGGAAGCCAGGAGACCGAUACUAGCAAGGAACUGUGCAAUACUGCAGAUGAAUCAACUUGUGCCAAGGCAGAUGCAAACUCAGAUACUAGACAGCACAACAGAAGUGUCCUCACACCUGAAGCACCCAAACCUGAGUCUGAAGCUGUUCUUUGCACUGAGAAGAGUGCUCUGCAUGAGAGAAGUACAGACAACCACCAAACUAAGGAGUUAUGUUUUGGUGUUCUACCUUACACUAAAGAGAAUUCUCAAGCACAAUACCAAAAAUGUAGCCUGCUGAAUAGUGACAAUUCUGCAGGCAGUGGAUUACAUAAAACAGAAAAACCCUUAAAUCGGAGUGGUUUACAUAGAGAUAAACUUUCUCUGGAACAGACCUACGUAGAUGCUGAAGGCAGAAAUGAUGACAGUGCCAGAAACAUGAACAACACUGGUGUUCUGGCAACUGAUGCUCAACAUCCACCAGCUGUUUGUUGUGAUAAUGCAAGUGGUGAUGCUGCUGCUGCUGCUGCAAAAGAAUGCAGGGACAAUAAGUCUCUCUUAAGUACUUUUAAUUUAUGCCCCCCAAAAACUGAGAGAGGAAUAAAUGCAGAUGACAUGCACAGCAAGCAGCCUGAACAAGGCAGUGCUAAACAAGCUUCAAAUGCUGAAGCCAAAUCUCCAGUAAAGGCUGAUGGUCUCAAAAUUGCUCACAAAAAAACCCCAAUAGAUGGGGCAUGUACAGAUGAGCUAAUUCUAUGUAAAAAUGUUAACAGUGGUACUCAAAUACACUCCAUCAAAACCGGACAUUCCCUGGAGAUUGAUACUUCAACAAAUAACUCAUUGUUAAAAGAGAAAAAAGACUCCCUGAGUAGUACAGUUCCAGGAACAAAGUUUGCUGAGGGCCACCUGAAAGAAUCAUCUUCUUUACCCAUGAGAACAUCUGGAAAUUUUGUAAACAUCAGUUUAAGGUCAUCCUUUGAUCUUUCAACCUCAGAUAAAAAAACUGAGAAAACUUCACUAUACUUGAAUUUUUUAGCUCUCAGUUCUUGUUCAAGAGUAAAUCAAAUGAGAGGUCAAGCUACAUGGACUUUAGCUUCCAAGGAGCCUUCCCUUUUGAAAGACAAACCACCAUGCUUAGUGGAAAACACAAACAUUAUUUCAAAGACACAGAGUCAAAAUCUCAGUGAAAAUGUGGACAGUGGAGAAUCAGGACAAGGUUCUAGCAGUUUGAACAGAGCUGCCAACACUUUGAAUACCUCUAGUAUCCACCGUGAGCCCCAGGGAGAGCCUAGUGAAGAAUGGAAUGCUGCAGCAAAGGCUUUUUAUGAUUCUUCUUUUCCCACAGAACAUGUUAAAGAAGGAUUUGCUGCUUUCCAGAACAAACAGAAGUCUUCUCACAUGACUGUCACUCCAACAAGAAGUGACAAAGCACUCAAAGAUGAGGACAGCUGCUCUCUUCAGAACUGCAUUAUACAAAACCAAAUAGGAGGAAUUGAGAAAUUACUGGAUUUGGAGAGACUUCAUUCAGCAAGAAAGAGAAAAUAUGAAGAAGGCCAGUGAAGAUGAGUGCCAGGAGAAAAUGAUUCUUUUAGGAAUAGAUAGAUCACACUUACCUAACCAAGAUUUGUAGAGGUAUUCCUACAGAGUAUGGUAUAUAUGUGUAGUUUCAUCUUUAAAGUAACAUGUUAACAGUUCUUAUGUUCAAAAAUGUAUACAAUUCCUACUCCUAAUGUUAGUUCUGGUUCUGCAAUCCAAUUCAAGUUAUUAUUGGCUUUGCCCAAAGUUAAAAACUUCAUAAGUCAAUGUUUUUAUAUGUGUUUAGUAAAAUUAAAUAAUUACUUAACUGUACCCUUGUCCUGUUCCUGAGUUUUGGCUGAAAUAGUUCAUUCUCUCUGACAGACUGCUCACUCAGUUUUCAGGCAAAAUCACCUCCAACUGUUUCAGAAUACAGUGCGUUCUGCAAACAUUUACAACUACAUCCAGCAGUGGCAGAAGAGCAGAUUUUUCUGCUUACCAUUGCUACCAAAUUAUUUAAAUGUAUCUGUUGUAGCUUCUGUAUCAGUGAAGUCUCUUUCAACACUGAAGGUUCAGGUAUGAUUACAGAGACAAGGCAGCAGAUUUUGCUUUUAAAGCUUCACUUCUACGGGGUCACAUUUCUCCUCCCUUCGGUCUAGGGAAUUUUUCUUACUUUAAAAAUACUUUCAUGAUCAUUUUCUGACCUCCCUCCCUUCCUCCCCACACCUCUUGCAAAGAAAGGUCCCCAUACUGUAAAAUGAACAGAAGAAGCAUAACCAAUGUUGCCAGUUUCUUGUUGCUGAUUAUAUAAGAAAAUCAACAGAAGACAUUUUCCCAUGUUAGUUUUAUUGCCUUUUUUUUUUUUUUUUGGUGUGUGUGGCAAUUUAGAAUAUUUAGCCUCUUUAAACCAAUUGCAUACAUUUUUUGGGAAACAUU